AUGCUGUGCAACGCAAUACGCUUUUGGAUACUGCUGUCCCUGUUAAUGUUAUGUGUUUUUGGCGCUGGUGUUGCUACACAUUUGACGUACUUGGCAAGAGUUAUUCCUGAUAAGUUCCAUGAUUAUGGUCCAUGGUUGAAAGCUGGAGCGUUCUUUCCAGAUACUCUUUACUCCUGCAAACCGAGCGAGAAUCUGGCUGACUUUGCUGAAAGGGCUCAUUGGCCUCAGUUUCUGAUUUCUGCCCUUGAAUUAUGGCAGGACAGAUACGGUAGUAACUCGAGCAAACGAGAUAGUCGAGAUUCCCUGAGAUUUCAAGCUUUUCUGAUUGGAAUCUUUUCUCACCAGAUAGUGGAUUCGUCAUGGCACUCGCUGGUCGAUGGCUAUAGAUCUCACGGUCUUUUACGGGUUCUGGCGGAGACGGAAUUUGGUGGCGACGUUGAUGAGGCCCACAAUUACUUAGACGUGAUGGGCGACUUCAUUGUUAUGUCGAAUGUGUUCAAAGGCAUCGCCGACCCGGGUUGGCAAUACUAUACAGAUACUAAUUGGUCUCUGCCUAGAGAAAAGGACGUUAUGGAACUCUUACAUCGAAACGGAGUAAACCACGAUGAGAUAAGUUACAAGGAGCUUAAUGUUUGCUUGAUGAGAGGGCUGUCAGCUUCUCUGAGCGAGGUUUAUGUGACUCUGAACCGACGAGUUGAAAUAUUGAACGUAGCAUAUGGCAUCUCGCCUGCUUCUAGGGAGCUUAUUCAGGAUUGUUGGCUAGGCGGUGAGUUUGAUCUCAUUGCACUGCUACAUGCGUGCUUACCGGUUUUCCAGAAUCUCUUUGAACCGCAUACUGAGUUAGAGCUACAGGCACGUCGGCUUCAACUCUGUGGUAACCUUCCUGAGGUUUCGCGCCCUUUAUCAGGGCCCGAUACCAAUUUAGACUUUCGUUAUGACGGUGAAGUUGUCAUUGUCAGCUCAAGAGUCCCUCAGUCGAAUUUUGGAACUAGUAUUGCAGUGGGUCGAUUCGAAGAGGACAAGAAGUUGUAUGCAGCAGUUAGUGCUCCGCUUGAACAAAGUAAGGGAUCAAUAUAUCUCAUAGCUCUGGAAGAUCCUGCUAAGGCAAACACAGCAGUCAUGAAGCCCUUCACGUCGAUGAGGGGACUUGCGGUGCACACUUAUAGAUUCAACGAUAAGGACUUUUUGAUUGUAUCUGAACCUGGAUCUAAUUGCAUAUAUUUUUAUCGAGCUCGCAGGAGGAUUUUGACCAUUUACGAUAGAACAGCCGAUGCAUUCCAACUUCAGUUAUCUUGCGUGACUAACAUCAAUGGCGAUUCUGUGCCGGACCUGAUUUUAUCAGGGUCAUCGUAUGGCAGAAACGAGACAGGCUGCGCUAUGUUGGUGCCUGGCUCCUCCUUGAUCAGUUAUCUAAAUUCUGAUCACCCAACGGAGGUUGAGAUUUCGGCUCUCACAGCAGUUAGGUUGAAUGGCGAGCCUUUUAAGAAGCCUUACCAGCACUUUGGAGCUGCCCUCACUUCUUCGUAUUCACAUAGUCCGAGUGGCUUCCUUUAUGUGACAUGCCAGGGCUUAGGAAUGGUAUUAGUUUAUUCCCUUAGUGGCUUACACUCAAAUUCCCUUCCAAGGUACGUGAUAAUGGCAAAGGAAAUCACCCUGUUCAAAAAAUAUAACUACGAUAAUGCCGAGAUUCUCCCAUCUAGCCGUCAUGGGAUGUUCGGCAAGAUAAUGCUCUCAUGGAAUUACGUCGGUGAGAGCUUCGUUGCAAUCUCGCAACAUUUAUUCAACAGUGUGUUCAUUUAUCAUGAAAUCGAUGGUAAAGUGGAAUUCUUUCUGAAAUUGGUGCUGCAUCACGAUUCCUCCACUUCUUCCUGUACCAUAGGAUUUGGAACUGCCAUACAAUAUGAUGACCAACUCAAAUCGUUGUACGUAUCCUCUCCUGGCAGCUUCGAUGGGAAAGGGGCCAUAUGGAGAGUGGGUAUGCAGGAAAUUAUCAACGCUGUAAAGAUCUGGAGGCAAGAUAUAUUUUACGUGAAAGCCGUUAGUCACUUGUAUUUCGCCAAUCCUCAAAUUGAUUCAAAGGGUGUUUCGAAUUUUGGCAAGGCAAUGCAAAUUGUACCUGAUAGAAGGAUUAUUAUAGGCGUCCCACAAUUGAACUAUGGUAAUCUACAGGCCGAGCAAUUGACGGGUGCAAUUAUCAUCAAGUAA